AUGGAAGUGCAAGUAUCAAAAACUAAAGUGUGGCAAACGCUGCGUGAAGAGAGGCUGUAUCCGUUUCACGUCCAACGUGUACAAGCCCUUCAACCUGACGAUUUUCCAGCAAGAGUGCGGUUGUGUGAGUGGUUGGUGAAAGGACUUGUAAGACAAUCAAUGUGGUUUCUGCACGAUGUGCGUGAGUUUUUGAAUGAAUUAUUUCCGAAUAGAAAAUUAGGUUCUCGUUGGAUACCCCACCUGUUGACUGAAGAGCAGAAAGCAGCCAGGGUUAAUUGGUGUCAAAUAACGCUUGACCGUUUCAAUUCCGGAAACUCAAAAAAUGUGUACAGCAUUGUUAGUGGUGAUGAAUCGUGGAUUUACUCCAUCCAUUCUCGAAGUGUUUCGAAAAAGAUGGUCGCGACAUUUGUGUCAAAAGCGGGUCAUAUUGCAACAAUUCCUCUUAAUGAGCAAAGAACUGUUACUGCGGAUUGGUAUACCACCGUUUGUUUGCCAAAAGUCAUCACCGAGCUUCGAAAAAUCAACCCCGAAAGAAGAAUCAUGCUCCACCAAGACAAUGUAAGCUCGCACACAGCCCAAAAAACAAGGCAGUAUUUAACGGAAGAAAACGUGGAAUUAUUGGACCAUUCUCUAUAUAGCUUUGAUCUAAGUCCUAACGAUUUCUUUACUUUCCCGAAAAUUAAAAACAGACUGCGUGGUCAAAGGUUCCGGUCACCAGAAGAAGCAAAUAAGUGGUUCGAAAAUUGGUCCGAGCGCAUGCAGAUGUGUAUUAAUCUUCGUGGAGAAUACUUCGAAAAACAAUAA